CCGUCACCAUGGGACGGAGCCCAGCCUGCAGCUGGCCCGGAGGGGCUCUCCCUCAGCGCUCCUCCCUCGGCCGGCUGUUGGGGCCCGUUAACGGGUCGGGCGAGUAACGGUGGCGCUGGGGGCGGAGGACGCGGCUCCGGCGCUCGACUCCAGCUGCCCUGUUCCUCCCCCGCUUCUGGGAACGAGCCGGCGCCGGGUCUGCUCUGAGGGGUUGGGCUCCCUCCGCCGCUGUAGCGCUUCUCCUUGCUGGGAUUAGCAACAAGAGCACUUAAAAAAAUAUUAAAGGAAAACAAGCCUGUGAAAUAUUUAAUCCCUUUAGCUAAUCCGUAUGCCGUAGUUGCAGACUUCUCAGGAACCAGCUUCCUUGUGCAACCUUCAGAGUCCCUGUGUAUACGUCAUUUAUCCCCCUUUGACGGUCCUUGUAACGUAUUCGGCUCUCAGGGUUGACCUUAUUGCUCUCUCCCUGAAAGGAGGGUGUAGCCAGGUGGGGGUCAGCCUCUUCUCCCAGGCAACCAGCAACAGGACAAGAGGACACAGUCUUAAGAUGUGCCACGGGAGGUUUAGGUUGGACAGUAGGAAGAAUUUCUUCAGAGAAAGGAUGAUUAUAUAUUGGAGUUGAAGGUGAUGGAGUCACCAUCCCUGGAGAUGUUUUAAGGAAAGACUGGACAUGGCACUUGGUGCCAUGGUCUAAUUGACAUGGCAGUGUUCAGUCAUAAGUUGAACUUGAUAUUUUGGUUUUUUAAUAAGAAAGCAAUACUUGUAGAACAAGAUCAUGGCUUUUUCUAUGAUGGAAGCAUCUUUGUAUAACACAAAACAAUAAAAUACACUUAUUUUGCCUUGUGUAACCUGUUUCUGGAAGUACUGUUUAUAGUGGUUUUUAAUCCUGCCAUCCAAAGGGCACUGACGGUGAGGCAGCAGAAUGAAGUUGGAGUGGUGUAGUCGAUUUGCCCUUUGCUCCAAGACAACCAGCCAGACCUUUCUGCUUGGAGGAGUGUUCAUCACGCUGGGCUCGAGUCGAAUCCUCCUGAUGAAGUAUUCUGCCAAUGAAGAUAACAAGUAUGAUUAUCUUCCAACGACAGUGAACAUGUGUUCGGAAGUAGUGAAACUGGUCCUAUGUGUAGUGUUGGCACUGUGGAAUAGGAAAAAAGAAAAAGGUUGUAUGGAUAAUCUCUCUGAAUGUUUUUCCUGGAAGAAUGUAUGUAAUUCCAUGAAAUGGUCAAUUCCUGCCUUUCUUUACUUUUUGGAUAACUUGAUUGUCUUCUACGUACUGACCUACCUCCAGCCAGCAAUGGCUGUACUCUUCUCAAAUUUUGUCAUUAUAACAACAGCUCUUCUCUUCAGGAUAGUGCUAAAGCGAAGACUCUCUUGGGUACAGUGGGCGUCUCUGGUGAUCUUAUUCCUGUCCAUCGUUGCCCUGACUCGAGGAAGUGGAGGCCAUCAGCACAGCUUGGCUGCGCAUGGAUUUCAUCACAAUAUGUUUUUUAGGCCAUCUAACCACUGCCUUCUCUCUACUGGACCUGAGGAAGCAUGCGUGGAAAAGGGCAACUGCGCAGCACCAAGUUUCCUUCACAGCUUCCAGUGGAAUGUGACCACUACCAUGGCAGGAGCAUUGAAGCCUCUCCGCCUCAGCCUGGGCCAUCUGCUUAUUCUCGUGCAGUGUUUUGUGUCUGCCCUGGCUAACAUCUACAAUGAAAAGAUGCUGAAAGAUGUGGAUCAGCUUGGGGAAAGCAUCUUCACACAGAACAGCAAACUAUAUGCCUUUGGGGUGCUGUUCAAUGGGCUCAUGCUGGCGCUGCAGGCUAAGGACCGGAGGCAGAUAGGGAACUGUGGAUUCUUUUAUGGACACAACAUCUUCUCCGUGGCUCUUAUAUUUGUCACAGCUUUUCUGGGGCUGUCUGUAGCCUUCAUCUUGAAGUUCCGAGACAACAUGUUCCAUGUUAUGACUGCUCAGAUCAACACUGUCAUCAUCACCACUGUGUCUUUCGUCAUCUUUGACUUCAGGCCUUCUCUAGAGUUCUUUUUGGAAGCUCCUGUCGUGCUUCUCUCCAUAUUCAUUUAUAAUGCCAGUAAAGCAAGAGGCCUGGAAUAUGCCACUCUGCGGGAAAGGGGAAAACUUAUCAAAGGAGAUGCAUGGGAGAGGUCAAGUGGGGAUGGAGAAGAAUUUGAGAGGCUGAACAAACCAAGCAGUGAUAUCGAUACAGAUGAAGAUUCCCUCUAGCAUGAGGCUGGCUUGGAGGAGUGCUAUGACUCACAGUGAGAGAGAGUUAAUCUUUUAUUAACAUAGAGAAGGGUCGUUUUCCCCACUGACAGACUGUUUGGAGCUGUUUUGGGGCUGGAUGUCAUAUGUGGAUGAGGACAGUAUUCAAGCUGUAUAUAUGGAGAGUAUGUAUGUAUGGACAGUCUUUUGUGCCUGUCUCCCAGUGUCUGGGGAAAUGGAAAUCUGGAAUGCCUUUGUAGCAGCUGGUGAAUUUUACAUGCAGCUUACAUGGCCUAACUUUGAAAGAGCUUAAAUAAAACAAGAGUUUAUUAAACAGUA